AAAUACGAUAAGAGUUGUAAUUUCUCCCCUAUAAUGUAAUAAUUGUAAUUACGUGUAAGCACGAUACAAGCAUAUUCUAUAAACAGAGUAACUAUCACGAUAAGGUAAGCGGAAGUUGAUUUUAAACUAUUAUCGUGUUUAGUGUGUGUCGACACAGGUAGGCUACAUAAGCCUGCUCAGCCUAAAAGGUAAAUGAAGUCAUUAUAUUUCGCUGUACUUCUAUGCAGCUUCUACUCAGAUAAAGCGACUGCAGACGAUGGCUGGUUCGGAUCCCACAACCAAUAUAAAUGUCAUUGUGUAGAUGACAAGUGUGACGAGUUGGGAAACUGCAAUGGUACAUGUGUGAGAGGGUGGUUUGGUCCUGCUUGCCAGUUCCGUAAGUAAAACACGUCUAUGUACCAUUACAUCUAUACAACUGACUACAUACAUUUACAUCUGUACAUCGUAAUAUUAUUAAAAAAAAACCAACCUACCAUUACAUCUGUACAACCUAAUGUUAUAAAACCAAUCAUUACAUCUGCACAAAGUAAUACUAUAAACAUGAAGCCUACCAUUACAUCUAUACAAUUUAAUACUAUAAACAUAAAGCCUACCAUUACAUGCAAAUAAACAUCACAUGUAAGAAAAUGUUUGUAACUGUAAUCUCUUCUGAAGUUGAUCUGGCAACCAAGGCGGAAAACAUCACACCGAAUUUACAAGAGCUGGUAGACGGCCAAGACUCCACUUGUCACAAUACUAAAACGGUGACUAUAAAGUUAAACACCGAUCACGUCAUUACCUGGAUACGAGUUGUCACUGCAGAGUCUACAUCACUGUUCGAUAUAAGGUUUAAAGACAAUACAAGCAGUGAAUGCAGCGUUACUUGUGAAUCAAAGUUUGUCUACAAGAUAAGUGACACGGUGACUGAUGUGACAUGCUCUGGUCUAACCUUACUCCGUUACAUACAGAUUGACUUUCAUGAGUUGACUAAUGUGUGCUCUAUACACGUGAGCGGGGGUAGGAAUGUAGCCUUGAGGCAAAGAACGGAGCAAUCUGGAACUUAUGUUGUGAACAAUUUUUCAUUCAAUUCAUCUUUAGCUGUGGACGGUAAUACAAACACCGCAUUUGCUGGGGGACUUUCCUGCUCGCAUACGUCUGUGAAUACACCUGGAUGGUGGAGACUAGAUUUUGAGGAACCAAAAACUGUUUUCAAAUUUAUAAUUCAUAACAGAGCUUGGGUCACAGAGCGACUAAAAGGAUUUCGUCUAACUACAUUCGGCCCUGAUGGAUCUGAGAAAUAUCAUUUCAUCGACCAAAACCCAAGUGAUCAAGUGCUGAUCUACUAUGUGGACAAUGACAUGGGGACUAACCCAGUGUCUAGAGUAGAGGUGUAUGCUAAAGACAUUCUUACCUUAUGUGAAGUAGAAAUCUACGGAGAAGACUAUUGUGUGGGUAAUAGAUAUGGUUUCGAGUGCAACAACAGCUGUCAUUGUCAGUGCAAUGUCAACACAGGCGCAUGUAGCUCCGGCUGUGAGGCGGGGUAUGUCGGUGGACUCUGCCAAACACCUUGUGACAAACACCAGUAUGGACCUGACUGUAGCUACACGUGCUCUUCUGAGUGCCAGAACUCAGAAUGUGAUAGAUCCAAUGGGACCUGCUUAGCGUGUAACGCUGGUUACUAUGGAGCCCAAUGUGAACUAACUAGUAACGGGUUGUCCCUAGAGGUGACUCCAUCCAAUGUGGUGGCAGGUCUAACACGACACUUAGAAGUCUAUUGUUCUACUUCGAUCGCCAUUGCAUCAAGCCUGGCCAGUUUAAUUUCUUUAAUCAUUUCAAGGUCAAGCACCAACCAAUCGUCAUUUACAGAACUAGCCUCUAUAAAUGUUUUCACAUCUGACAGUCAAGUCAUGUUGGAUGUCAGUGAUGUCACAACUUCUGGUAAAAUUGACAACAACGGUCUGUCAUACAUCAAACUAAAUUGGGAAUUCCCAGAUUCUAAUACUUCUGGAAUUUACAGGUGUGACGUUAAUGGAGUUGACCGUACAGGACAUCCGGUGAACAUUCACACUUCUAGAACAACAACGUUUGUGAAGCCAGAUAUUCCGAUAUUGGUAGCUCAGAUACAAACAUUGACGAAAUCUGUUGAAAACAUACAUGCUCUGUUAGAUGAACGAAACUUGAAUAUCACCAGACGACUAGAACAAAUACGUCUUCUAGAAAACGAAUUGGUAGCAAAAUAUUUUUUGUGGAACACGAGAUUACACGCAAUUGAAAAUUUAAUUUUAAACAAGUCAUCAUUAUGUGUAUGAUGUUGAUUAUAUGCGAUAUGUGCUUGGUAUUGUUUUAGUGCUUUUGUUGGCUCAGUAUUGCGUUUUUAUAAAUUGCCAAUUGCCACUAGUUAUCUUUUUGUUAU